AUGCUGGUAACCUAUUUGGAAGCCAGCCGGGAUCUUUGCGAGACGGACUCAGUUCUUUUUGGCGCCGCAGUGGCAGCUUGCCGUAUUAUUAGCGCCACACUUCCCAUGGCUGGACGCGCUACUAAACAAAGUAGCACCAUCGCAGCCUGGAGAAAAAGAAUUGAGGACCGUAUCGCAAAGUCAAGGGCCCUUAUCGGCAGACUGACAAGCUUCAGGUCGGGUAAUAAUAGACAGAGGAUUGUGCGCACCGUUAGAAUGGCGUUUGCUGGGACAAAUAUCAGUUUCAGAGCGCAUAGACGACCUGAAGCAAAAGAUGGCUGCUUGGGGGAAGCGGAUUCGACGAUUUACCGAGAGGUCAAAGCGGUUCAACCAGAAUCGUCUCUUUCAGAGUGA